UUUCUGAAUAUAAUAUCACCAGUCAUCUUCUCUUCCUUUGUCCGGAGUUAACCUCUCUCUCCUGAUUCUCUCCUAAGGUGUCAUCCAUGGCAGAUCAGCUAACAGAUGACCAGAUCUCCGAAUUCAAGGAAGCCUUCAGUCUUUUCGACAAGGAUGGAGACGGUUGUAUCACCACCAAAGAGUUGGGAACCGUAAUGAGGUCUCUUGGGCAAAACCCAACUGAGGCUGAGUUACAAGACAUGAUAAACGAAGUAGAUGCAGAUGGGAAUGGAACCAUAGACUUCCCCGAGUUUCUAAACCUAAUGGCCAGAAAGAUGAAGGAUACAGACUCGGAAGAGGAGUUAAAAGAGGCUUUCCGUGUUUUUGACAAGGAUCAAAAUGGUUUCAUUUCUGCUGCAGAGUUACGCCAUGUUAUGACCAACCUUGGUGAAAAACUAACCGACGAAGAAGUCGAUGAGAUGAUACGCGAGGCUGAUGUUGAUGGCGAUGGGCAGAUCAACUAUGAGGAGUUUGUUAAGGUGAUGAUGGCAAAGUAAUUAUCGAGUGUGAAAGCCUAUUUAUGUUUUUCUUCUUUUGUAACAAAAUGAAGUUAGUUGUUUGAAUUUUGAUUGUGUAGUAGUAGUAGUAGAAGUAGUAGUGUAUUCCCAUAUUGGUCUCAAUUCUAUCACAACACUUGAAGUA